GACCUUCAUGCAUGAGCUGCAUCCACCACCGCCCACCGAGUGUCCGUCCAUCCUGAGUGCUGCCCCCCCCUCAUAACUGCGCCAGACCCCCAGUACCUACUUCCAUCCGCAACUCUUUCCACUUCGCAUUUCCCUCUUAUUGCAACCCUCAAAGAGUACCCUCGAACUUCCCCUAACCUGGCCGAAUCCCUCAGAUACAGUCACAUCAUCACAAGCCGUUCAACUCAACCUAGCACCGUCACAAUUGCCUCUAUCGUCACCAUGGCCGUCGCGCGUGGUGAAUUCUAGAGGGUGGUCCCCAAGUUCGCAUCAACGAUCACAAUGGGCCCACCCUCUGUGAUUCUCUACGCUCUGCGAGACUGUCCGUCGACCUGCAACAACUUCACCAACCAAACAAACUAAACACAAAGCUGUUGAAAUCUCUGCACAUAACCACAAGAUCCCAUUCUUUGAGGAAAAAGCCGCCCCGCCACCCCGCCACUCCCGACGCUCCUACCCAUCAACCCUGUUGGCGCAUUACGAAAACCUCAAUAUCUUGAGUAUACAUCGAAUACCUGGAAAGGAUUCAAUAACCCAAGAUACCUUAGCAUCACGCAUAUCAAACUGAGCCACUGACUGCAACAAUGGUUCGCCGCGGCAAGAUAUCGAGAGCCGCCGGCUCAUCACUCGACCCGACACCGAUUGCGUCUACUCUUACCACGCCACUAAGCUCCGCCUACCCGUCGACGUAUGCCUCCGAAGUUGAAAUAGAUGCACUUGGAGACAGUAUCGGCUCUCUCACUCUGAGCGAGAGAAGAGCAGCCAGGAGAAAGGCCAAGCCUUUUGCGUUCAUGGCUUUGCCAUCAGAACUUCGCCUCAAGAUUUACGACUAUUAUUUUGAAGGCAGUAGUGGCGUCGUGGACCUCGACCCGGACAACUACAAGACCUACCACAAAAAGCUCGGAAUCCAAAGAACGUGCCGCACUGUCUAUCAAGAAGUCUCUCACUACUUCUACAGUAGCCGCCCGUUCCGCAUUUUCCCAACACACCCGGGCAAGUACUUCAAAAGCAAGAAGCCGCUUUUGGCUCGUAUGAAGCCAAGCUCAAGAUCGUACAUUACAUCCUUGGAGCUUCGCCUUGGUCCCGGAUGGAGUAAGCCGCCGCGAGGAUGGGUGGUGACGCCAGCUCUGGGCCUCCACGAGUGCGUCAACGUCCGUCGCUUGACGGUACUGGUCGAAUGCGAUCCUAGCGACGGCAUUUUUAACGGCUUUCGCCGGUCGGAUGGCUUUUAUGAAGGUUUCAGCCAGUCUCUCCUGACGGAAAUAUUCAACCAGAUGCCCUGGAUCGACACAGUAUAUUUCGACGCCUGGCCUGGUGUGAAGAAGUCGGGUGGAAUGAUGCGGGCCCUUCUGGAGGUGACAUCGGCGAACAACCGGAAGAUCAGAUGGGGCCCUGAGAGAGGAUGGACUGAUGGGCCCGAAGACGACGAGGUUAAGCCAACCAACUCCUUGGUUCUGGUGCCUCCGGCGUCCGAGUUCAACACGUCCACUAUGGGUGUCCUGGUCAUGGCUUGAGUGGUAACAAUUGAAAUUAAACGGCGUGGACUAUCAACUCUCCUUUUACUUUGGGCAAGCUCGCGAACGGAACUGAGCUCUUUUCUUUUUGGGACUGGAUGGCACGGACAUGAAGGCGGGCAUGGACUUUUCGGUCGAGCAAUGUGGCUGCUCCAGGUAACCGACACCAUCAUCCCUCCUGCAACAAGAUUGUAAUAUUAGCAUAACGAGGAAUGAGAACGAAGACACCGGUCAUCAACACUACCAAGGUUCAAACCUAAAUGAUACGGUUCGUGGCGGCAGUGAGUGAGAUUUGAAUGUUCUCGUAAUCAAAGGAGAAUAACGACGAAG